UCGUGGUUAUAAAUUUUGCGUAUUACAGCUUUCAGUAUUAAUUUUUGUGUAUACGAAAGUAAAUAAUCUUCAAAAAACAAUAACUUUGUAAUCUAAACCUUUUACAGAUUGUGUUUUGUUUAGAAGUGUGUGACUGUGUGUGUAUUUCAAUUUGUUUUUCGAACAGCUUCCUGGGCAUCUCGUUGCUUGUUUGCAAUGUUGACUUCUAAGCUGUGAAGUUACUUCGUCAGCAUACCGACCAAAAUGACCAUUCAGCCAUUUCGAAGGAAGUCAUUUAAAAUUCUUAGCACUUACCUUAAUACGUAAAAGACUCAAAAAAUAUAGACUCGAAUAAAACUUUAUUUAAUUUUUAAGUAGUGCUAUUUUGUUCCUGUUAUUUUAUUAACGAGUGAUAUUAGUGUAAGUUUAGUGUUGUGCCAUUGUCGAUAGUUUUUUGUCGAUAAGUGAAGAUGUAUAGUAUAAUGUGGAGUGUAUUUGCUGCGAUUCUUGGAGUGGCUUCGGCGGUGGACCGGAGUAACUUGCCACCGACCUGUUCUAGCACCAUCUACUGCCACGGGCCACUACUAGACACGGUACAAAUGGCGGGCCUGUACAACGACUCUAAGACCUUCGUGGAUAUGAAGCUCAAGCUGUCUGCCAACAUCACCAUGGAACACUUUCAGGAGAUGAUGGCCAGGACAGGUUCACACCCGACCAAGGCUGACAUCCAGGAGUUUGUCAAUCAGAACUUCGACCCUGAGGGCUCCGAGUUCGAAGACUGGCGGCCUACUGACUGGAAGGAUAAUCCUGCAUUUCUGCAAAACAUCAAGGAUCCUCUACUCCACCAAUGGGCUGCAGAACUGAACAGACUGUGGCUACAGCUCGGCAGGAAGAUGAAGCCGCACGUCAAGAACAACCAGGACCUGUACUCUAUUAUCUACGUGGAUAACCCUGUUAUUGUGCCUGGUGGUCGUUUCCGAGAGUUCUACUACUGGGAUUCCUACUGGAUCAUCAAGGGUCUCCUUCUGUCCGAGAUGAGGGCCACAGCUAAAGGCAUGGUGUCAAACUUCAUGGAUAUUGUGGAGAGGAUCGGCUUCAUUCCCAAUGGGGGGAGGAUAUAUUAUGCUAUGAGAUCACAGCCCCCUCUCCUAAUCCCCAUGGUGAAGAUAAUACUAGACGAUAUGGACGACCUGGAGUACUUGCGUCAACACAUACACACCUUAGACAGAGAGUAUGACUACUGGAUGACUAACCAUACUGUCGAGGUGGACCAUAAUGGGCAUAGAUACACGCUAGCGAGAUAUUACGAUCAAUCACAAGGACCCAGGCCUGAGAGUUACAAGGAAGACGUCGAUGUCGCGAGACAUUUCGACACAAAUGACAAGAAAGAGGAGUUGUAUGCUGAGUUGAAGGCAGCUGCUGAGUCAGGAUGGGACUUCUCUUCAAGAUGGUUCAUACUCAAUGGCACUAAUAAAGGUAACCUAACAAACCUGAAGACCCGCUCCAUUAUCCCGGUGGACCUCAACGCCAUCAUGUGCUGGAACGCACAACUCCUGAGAGACUUCCACCUCAGGCUCGGCAAUAUCGAUAAGGCGGAGUACUAUAGGAACGUUCAUGCGAGGUUCAUGGAUGCUAUUGAACAGGUCCUAUGGCACGAAGACGUAGGAGUCUGGCUAGACUACAGCCUGGAGUCAGGCAGACGCCGCGACUACUUCUACCCUUCAAACGUGUCGCCUCUCUGGGCAGUCUGCUACGAUCAGGCCAGAAAGGACUACUAUGUCAACAGAGUUGUUAACUAUCUGGAUAAAGUUAAAGUGGACAUUUUCGACGGCGGCAUCCCAACAACUUUCGAACAUUCUGGAGAGCAGUGGGACUAUCCGAACGCGUGGCCGCCAUUACAGUACAUAGUAGUAAUGGGCCUAGCUAAUACUGGCCAGCCAGAGGCUGUGAGACUGGCCAGCGAGAUCGCCACGAAGUGGGUGCGUUCGAAUUUCGAAGUUUGGAAACAGAAGACUGCUAUGCUUGAAAAGUACGACGCGACAAUUUUCGGCGGUCUCGGCGGAGGCGGCGAGUACGUUGUGCAAACAGGCUUCGGUUGGACCAAUGGCGUGAUCAUGGCCAUGCUCAACAAAUGGGGAGAUACGCUUACUUCAGCGGACGCGUUCGGGACGGGCGUGACGGCUGACUCGGGCGCCGUGUAUGGAGCGCAUGUCGGCGCUAGCGGCGUGGCCACGGCUAUUCUAGUAGUGCUCGCAUCUUUGGCUGCGGGAACCCUUGGACUCAUCGUGUACAGAAAACGCAGGGACUACAUCCGAGUAUCAGGGGGCGAAGACUACAAACUACUUUCUCGAAGACCUUACACGGAACUCAGGAGCCUCAACGGAGCAUCGAACCCGCGACAGCGAUGAACCGACUACCUCUAGCUACCGAACGCUUAACGUGAGUGGUAACUGGCUUCGGAACGACCGUUAUUUUUUGGUCCAAGAAAUUAUUUCUGACAAGCUCGGCUGAUUUUGAUGUAAUCUAAAAUAUUUAUUUCAAAAGAAACACAGUUAAAAAAAGAUUUUUUUCAGAUUUAAAACACACCCUGUAAAAGCUGAUAAGUAACUAUUUAAGCCAAAAAUAAAAUCUAGGUAGCAAAAAAAUUUACCAAUUAAUGAACUUCUAAUUCGAUUAACUGGCAUGAUAUUAGAAAGAAAGAAAUAGCUUGCCAUUAUACAGCAAAUAUACAUAAAUAUUUAUUGGUCUGUAGGUAUGUUAAAAAAUUCCUUAGCUCAAUGUGAAUAAAUACAAAAAAUUGUAGUUAAGCAAUGUACUAUCAAAAUAUUUUUCUAAGAAAGAUAAGUAAAUCAGUUUCAUUGAUAACUACUGUAAAAUGUAUUUAAGUGUAAACACUAGCUUGGCCAAAGCCUCUGUUAUUAAUUAUUAAUGAAAUAUACAUACACUAGAUAAAAUAUUUCCACCUAGAAAAAUAAUUAGACAAAAAUCGAAUCUAACUGACUUACAGCCAGUUUUUUCAAGGCUAAAGUACCAGCAAAACUAAUAGAUAAAAUCGUGAAAAAACGAAUUUGACCGUUGCUUUUACUUUAUGAUAUUACUUUGGCUUUUACUUUUGAUGAAGACUGGCUGUUACACGUGACUACUUCUGCUCAUUAUUCAAAGAAAAAAAAACAAUUGACAAUUUAUUUCAAAUCUGUUGACUUGUUAGGGCCAAUUUUUCAAUCAACAUAAAACUAUUAUUUGAAAAAUAUAUUCGUCGUUUGUAUAGAAAAUAUGUCAAAUCGUCACCGUCAGAUAGAAGUCAAAUGAUGAUUGAAAAAUUGUUCUUCAAACCCUAAGAAAAACUAAUCUACUUAUAAAAGGCGUUUGUAAAAUACCAGUUCUGCAGUGCUGUGAAUUUAUGGUUAGCGGUUUUAGAACGUGACGGCUGCGUGGCGUUUGCGUUAAAAGGUCUUAGCACUCAACUCAGAAUCGGAUCAUAAUAAUAUCGACCUAUUGCUUUAAGGCAAGACUACAAUGAGCGUUGUAUUAAAAGUUUUUCAUACAAAUAAUACAGAAACUCGAGUUUGUAAACAGUGGGAAUCUCUUUCUGAGUUGAUGCGUGUGCUAUGACGAGAAAAAUGGGCAAAGACAAUGUAGGUUUCCCGCUCUUUUUGAAGGCAAAAGCCAUGUAUUUGCUAUACACUAACCCGCAUAACCUGGACUUGUAAAUAUAAAAAUACAAAUAUUAUUAUAAUUGUAUUCGUUUAGUUUUAGCUCUUAUUCAAAAAUAGUGAAGUUAUAUGUCGAUGUAUUAGCAUGCAAUUUUGUUGGCGUUUUUUUUUUCUCAUUUUCUAAAAACGCCCGCAGAAUACAGUAAGUCGCAAUUAUUUGUAACUAUAAAAUUAGGCUACUGGCCUUAUUUUUUAAAUAUUUUGCGACUUGCUUAACUAGGUAUAUCACAUGUAUAUCCUAAUUAAUGAAUUAAUGUUAGACGCUCAAUUCUUUCUCUUAUAAAGCAAUACAAGUAUACUUUUGUCUUUAUUACAACGUUUUAAAAUCGCAUUCUUGCCGUAUUUUAUUUUUUUAUUUAUAUCCCGGUCUCUGGCGAAUAGUUUUUCUUUUUCAGUUCAUUUACCUGUAUAAUUAAUAAUUCUAAUAAUGAAAACAAAUCCGUUUUUGUGUCAUCAUGAAAAUUAUUCUUGCAUGUUCUCUACAAGUUUAGUACUACUAACGCCAUCUAGUUUAAAAUCGUUGAACUAAUUCAACUUGACAGACACAAACUACUCUUGAUAUCUUUUCAUGCGAUUUCAGCGUGAAACCUUUUUGGAUUAGUUCCUACACCUGACCCAGAGAUUCAGGAUUUAUUAUACCUACUUUUUUAACCCUGAACAAAGUCGAUAGUCAAUAUUUUUAUAACUAUAGGUAUUAAAUGAGUAUUAUUAGUUAUAUUAGCCUAGCUUUAGUUUGUAAGUAGACAAUUUUUAUUUCCUUCUCGUAUGUACAGUUUUUCAUUCAUGUACAUGUUUUUAUGCAUUUAUAUUUUGGCGGGAAUGCGAUUUUAAAGCUGGCUUCAAGUAGAGACAAUGUGAUGUGUUUUUUAAUGUCUAUAAGUUAUUUUUUGUUUGGUUUCAUUGUAUCAUAGAAUCAGAUUCAUUAUUCUAGAAGGUUUGUUAUAGAAAAAUAAGUUAAUUUUAAAAGAAACGAUAAUCCAAACAUUUUAGAAUUAUAACUUUAGUAGUGCAGUUUGCAAUGUUAUUAAAAAUGUUUUAUAUUUUAAUCAGUUUACAUUAAUUUAUGGAAAUAAACAUCAUGGGUGCUGGACACCAUAAUUUAAGUAAAUCUUCAUUAAUUUUAGAUUUAUAAUAAAUCAUGACAUAAAAAUCCAUUUUAUAGGUUAUUAUUAUUUUGUGAAAGAUAGUCAAUAUUUUUUGCAUCAUUUUAACAAAAUGUUACUCAUGUAUUUGUGAUUGUUAGUUUAUUUUAUUUAUUUGUGUAAUCUCAAUGCUAAAAUUGCUUAAAUAAAUAUUGUUUUAGAUUUUUUGAAUGUUACAACGAUACCUAUUUCUCAUUUAUGAGAGUUCACUGAAGAAAAACUUAGUAGUGGUUACUUUACAAUUGUGAUUUUUGACAACCAUUAUUUCUGAAAAUAAAAAAAGAAUUUUGAAAUAACUGACAUGAAUUACUAAAAAACUAAAUUCCAACAUAGAAGCUGCUUGUGAUACUUUUUGUAAAUAAAAUGACAUUUCAUUAGGCGAUUAUUUUGUUCCUAGGAGUUUUUAAUAGUUAUUAUUAAUAAAUAAAAGUUGGUAUUCGCUCAGUGUAGUACACUACUUACUCUGUAGGUAUCUAACAUGGAUCGUGAUGUCAAUUUGUAAUAGUAAUUAGAAUGAAUUUGACAAAUAAAUAAGAUUUAUAAUUUA